CAUCUGAACAUUAAGUAAGACUGCAUUUUUCACUCCUCUGCUGCAAACAAAGAGCAAAAGAUGGAGAGGUCCCUGUGCAUCCUCCUCUGCGCGCUGUUCACUGCGCCGGGCUGGGCCGGUGUGGGCGCAUCGAUCAGCGGCGCGACGACCGGGCAUAACCCCUUCAACACAAGCGCAGCCGCUACUUUUACCAGCGGCACCACUCCGUCCGUCCCACUGGCGACUGUUACUGGCCGCCCGGGCAACACGAGCGAGCCCGCGGCGGGCCACGAGCAGAACAGCACAGAAGCUGGUGGAGAACCCCACACCGGCAAAGACCGGAACCGAACCGCCGAGAGCAAGACACCAGAUCCGAAGAGACCAGAUUGUCCUCCUCUUGGCCUCGAGUCCCUGCGGGUUGACGACAGCCAGCUCCAAGCUUCCUCCUACCAGCGGACGGGCCUGGGGCCUCACAGGGGCAGGCUAAAUAUCCAGUCCGGUAUUGAGGAUGGGGAUCUGUACGACGGGGCCUGGUGUGCACAGUACAAAGACCAGAACCAGUGGUUUGAAGUGGACGCCAUCCAUCCCACCCUGUUCACCGCGGUCAUCCUGCAGGGCAGGAACUCCAUCUGGAGCUGGGACUGGGUCCAUACUUAUAAAGUCCAGCUGAGUAAUGACUCAGUGAACUGGGAGACCUGCAUGAACGGAAGUGCGGAAGCGGUAUUUGAGGGGAACCAGGACCCGGAGACUCCGGUUCUGGGUGUCCUGCCUGUUCCCAGAGUUGCCAGGUUCAUCCGCAUCAACCCCCAGACCUGGUUCAUCAAUGGCACCAUCUGCCUCAGGGCUGAGAUACUGGGCUGCAGCCUUCCAGAUCCGGCCAACGGCUACUCCCCCAAGACAGAGUCAAGAUCAGGAGACGACCUUGACUUCAGACACCAUAACUACAAAGAAAUGAGAAAGCUUAUGAAGUCUGUGAGUGAGCAGUGCCCGGACAUCACCCGCAUCUACACCAUAGGGAAGAGCUACACGGGCUUCAAACUCUACGUCAUGGAGAUCUCUGAUAAUCCCGGCAAGCACGAACUUGGUGAACCAGAGUUUCGCUACGUGGCAGGGAUGCACGGGAAUGAGGCUCUUGGCCGGGAGCUGAUCCUCAACCUCAUGCAGUACAUGUGCCAGGAAUACAAGAAGGGCAACCAGCGCAUUGUCCGGCUGGUUACGGAGACACGAAUCCACCUGCUGCCCUCCAUGAACCCUGACGGUUAUGAGGCAGCCUACAAAGAGGGCUCAGAGCUAGCUGGAUGGGCUCACGGGCGGUACAGCUUUGAAGGGAUAGACCUGAACCACAACUUCCCAGACCUGAACAACAUCUUGUGGGACUCCCAAGAGGUGGCCGCGGAAAAGUCCAAAGUCUCCAACCACUACAUCCCCAUCCCAGAGUACUACACUAAAGAGGACGCCUUCGUCAGUCCAGAGACGCGUGCGGUCAUAAACUGGAUGCAGGAAAUUCCCUUUGUGCUCAGCGCCAACCUCCACGGGGGUGAGGUGGUGGUCACCUACCCCUACGACUGCACCCGUGACUGGGCUCCCAAGGAGUACACGCCCACAGCGGACGAGAGCUUCUUCCGCUGGCUGGCCACGGUCUACGCCUCCACAAACAUGAUGAUGGCCAACCCCGAGCGCCGCAUGUGCCACUAUGAGGAUUUCCAACAGCACAACAACAUCAUCAACGGGGGGGCCUGGCACACCGUUCCCGGGAGUAUGAACGACUUCAGCUACCUCCACACCAACUGCUUUGAGGUGACUGUGGAGCUGUCCUGUGAUAAGUUCCCCCAUGUCAGCGAGCUCCCCGUCGAGUGGGACAACAACAAGGAGUCUCUGCUGGUUUACAUGGAGCAGAUCCACAGAGGGAUCAAGGGCGUUGUGAGAGACAAGAUCACCAGGCAGGGCCUGGCAGAAGCGAUCAUCAAAGUAGAGGACCAUGACCAUGACAUUCGAUCAGCUGCGGACGGCGAUUACUGGCGCCUGCUGAACCCGGGAGACUACAAGGUGGUCGUGUCGGCGGAAGGAUACUUCCCGUCCGUGCGGCGGUGCCAUGUUGGCAUGGAGCCCCACGCCACCACCUGUGACUUCAACCUGAUCAAAACGCCCCAGCAAAGGCUGAAGGAGAUAAGGGCCAAGGGGGGUAAGAUCCCCCAGGACCUGCAGCUUCGACUGCGUGCCAUGAGGCUGCGUAAGCUCCGCGCCAGCACCAAGGCCCUCAACCGCCGGCGAGAGAGUCUGCAGCAGACGAGGAGGGCGCGGUCUACUCGGGCCCAGAGAGCCUGAGAGUCCUGUGGGGAGUAAGGUGGAGUGGCCCACCUAUACAGUAGUGUCUGUAUUACUGGUAAAUGAAUGUCUGUGGUUCAGGUUAGAGGUUGAAGACAUGCUUUAAAACGAGAUGCCCACAAUCUAUAAAGAAAGGGACCAUCUCAAAAUGAUUGUUUGCACACUGUUUCAACUCGUUUCGCGGUGCCUGUAAAAUAAGACACACCCAGUCGUACAAAACACCGGCGAGGGUCUCAAAAAGAAAAAUAAAGUCAGCCACUAUUUGGAACAAACUAUAUGCAGUACGCUCCUAAAAUGGCUGAUAAUUGAAUAUAUGGACCUCUGGACAGGCACCCAUUUACUGACGGGACAUUUUUUGUUUAACUUCACUUUUUUAUGGUUCAAAAUGGAAAAUUGUCAUUUGUGAACUGUCAAAGACUUCUGCUUGGCUCGAUGAUUUUUAACUGAUUUUGCAUUCAGUGAUCGAGGUUUGUUUUUGUAGAGACUGAGUUGAGGGUUAUGGGUUAUGCGUCAGCUGGUCUGAUUUGUGGCACACGUUUUCCAUAACACUACAAUCGUAGGCCUGUUUUAUAGUGACUAAUCUAUCAGGAGCACAAUGUCACAAAUAAACAUGCUAUUAUCUUCCACCUGA